AUGCGUGAAGCUAUCUGCAUCCACGUCGGUCAGGGUGGUCUUCAGGUUGGUAAUGCCUGUUGGGAGCUCUUCUGCCUCGAGCACGGCAUUCAGCCUGAUGGACAAAUGCCUUCUGAUAAGACCAUCGGUGGUGGUGAUGACGCCUUCAACACUUUCUUCUCGGAGACUGGUGCCGGCAAGCAUGUCCCGCGAUGCGUCUUCGUUGAUCUCGAGCCCACUGUUAUUGAUGAGGUUCGAACCGGCACCUACAGGCAACUCUUCCAUCCUGAGCAACUCAUCUCUGGUAAGGAGGACGCUGCUAACAACUUCGCCCGCGGUCACUACACCAUUGGCAAGGAGAUUGUCGAUCUCUGUCUCGACCGUAUCCGUAAGCUUGCUGACAACUGCACUGGUCUGCAGGGCUUCCUCGUGUUCAAUGCUUGCGGUGGUGGUACCGGUUCUGGCUUGGGCUGUCUCAUUCUUGAGCGCCUCAGUGUCGACUAUGGCAAGAAAUCGAAGCU